GGUCGCCCUCUAGUGUGUUGUUGACGUAGUAUGAUAUAGCCGUGAUAUAGUUGGAGAAAACAUCGUUGCUAUAGUUAUGAACAACCUCAAACUUAAUCCCAAACUGGCCAUAAGACUGUCAACAUCUUCACUGAACCAUCAGAGAAACAUAAGAUUUGGUGAAGCGUCUUUUGAGCUUUUAUCAGACUUCCUGAGCACCCUUAGCAACCAAAACAAGACGAGCUUGGAGAAUGUUUCAAGUGUGUGUGGGAAUUUUAAAGACAGAAGAGUAGUUGAACAUGCAUUCCUUAUUUGUGAGGAGUUUAGACUUGACCCUUUAGUGGCUUAUCAUGCCAUUGAAAUACUAGAGAGAUUUAUGCUGAAGCACAUUGAGAAUGUAUUAUCUCAGCAGAAGAGUGAGGUGUGUGACGGCAGUGUGGGUGCAGCCAGAGGAACCUACGAAGAGCUGGUCUUUCAGAGUCUGAGAGACAAAUUCUGUCUCUUCAUUAUUUCAAGCAUGCAAAUCGCCAGCAAAGUAACCCUACAUACCAAUGUGAUUGACAACAGUUCUGCAUUGAGAUACCUUCAGUUGGUUGGUACUGACUGCCCCAAACAGAAAAUAUUAGACUCAGAACUUCUCAUCUUGAAAACUUUGGACUUCAAAGUGAACAUUCCAAAUCCUCUGUCAUAUGCGGAGACUCUCCUAGAAGUUCUUGGCCACAAUGACCCGACAACACCUGUUUUACACCUGCAUCACCUGUGCAGGUAUGUUCUUCAAUUUGUUUACCUGCAGAGGGAGUCAAUCUACAGCUCAUUACUCAUGGCCGUAACUGGAUGUCUCAGCCCCUCUCCAGAUCAACGGGCCAAGUUUGUGCCUGUGACUGAAGAUUGCAUGUUGUUAGGGGUUGGAGUGAUUGCUGUGGCUGCUUUCAUCUACCAAACAUCUGCUUGGGAGAAGGUAGUGGAAGAGCUCACUCUGAUCACUGGUAUCUCAGCAAAGAGCAUCAUCGACUUUACUCGUGUGACCGUCAUGCACAUCACCAAGAACAAAGUAAAAUAACCCAUAUGAAACAUUUGAUCAGAAAACUUUGACCAGUACCGUUUGGCCAGUGGUGUUUGAUCGGUAGUGUUUGAUCAGUACUGUUUGGCCAGUAGUGUUUGGCCAGUAGUGUUUGAUCAGUAGUGUUUGGCCGGUAGUGUUUGACCAGUAGUGUUUGACCAGUAGUGUUUGAUCAGUAGUGUUUGAUCAGUACUGUUUGAAGGAGACUAUUUACUACAGAAAUAACUGUGCUAUUUUCGAAAUGCAAAAAGAGACUCAAUGUCCCAUCGUUGUGUAAAAAGUAGCUCAAACGUAGUUAGAACGGAAAGUUUAAAUAUUGAUAGAUAAAAUUUGAGCUCCCAUCUGUUAUUAUUUGGUGAUUUAUGAUAUUGCACUGCAUUGUUACAAUUUUCAAUUACAUGCUGAAUAAAUUGGUCAAGUAGAUUUUUAGAUUUGUGAUUUGAAAUCAGUGGACAGUACUGUUGUCAUGGUAACUCCUAACUGGGCUCAUUUCCUCACUCGAGCUCGCUGAGCUUGAAGUCCAGCCAGAGUGCCACAGGGGUCAGUGUCCAUGUUUUUUUUUGUUGUUGUUUUGUUUUGUUAUUUAAACCAGUGUUUUCAUUUAGCAGUAGCAUGAUGCAUU